AUGCCACCCUUCGGUCCUCCGCACAAUCCAGCAACCUUCUUCACACCCCCCUAUGACAGCGCAGUCCGACAUCCAGUCUUUUUCACGUCCAAUCUAAGGAAACCGCCUUUUCCUAUACCCCAGGCAGCCAGUCAAGGCUGGAAUCCGGUGGCAAACGGAUACAUACAUGAACAGAGAAAGGCCGAGGCAAUUGGCAAAACAAAGCUGUAG